AAGUACACCUUCUUGUAUGAUCUCAGCCAAAAAGAGUACAAAAAUAAUAAGCUUAAGCAAAUAGCUUGGGGUGAAAUGGCGGACGCACUUGAAUUGCCAAAGGAUGAAGUGCAAGUGCUGUGGAAACGAACCCGAAUUAAAUUUAAAAACGCGCUUGCCAGCAGUAACGUCCCAAGUGGAAGCGCGAGACGAGUACAAAAGCAGAUGGAUACUUUUUUGUUAUCAAAAAUGGAAUUUUUACGGAAAUAUGUAGAAGAUGAGGAACCAACAACUACAAACUACACUGGCAUGCAAGAACUUUUUGACGAAAUGGCCGGAGAUCCUGAAGUCAUAAGCUCCUCCAUGGAUGAAUCUUCAUCUACCCCAACAUUUAAACGCAAGAAGCCAAAACAUGGAACUUUUGACACCGAAAUGCAAACAGCCUUGCAAAAACUGAGUACCUUAGCAUCAGGUAUUUUAAGUGCGCCACAGGAUCCUUUCUAUUUAUAUUUUCAAUCAGAAAUGGAAAAAUUACCAGAGAAUGUCAAAUCUGAGCUUAAAUCUGAAAUAAUGCAAUAA